AUGGCAGAAGAAAACUCUCUUAAUUCUUCAGCUUCAUCUCGUAUUCUUAACCCUUCAGAUGAUUCCUCUAGCCCAUAUUAUCUUCAUCCUAGUGAUAAUCCGGGUUCUCUCUUGGUGUCAGAAAUCUUUGCAGGAGACAACUACAUUGCUUGGAGUCGUUCAAUCACUAUUGCCCUCACUGUGAAGAACACGAUAGCUUUCAUUGGUGGCUCAAUUACUGCUCCUCCUACUACUCAGCAUCUUAAUCAUACUGUUUGGCUUCAUGCCAAUAAUUUGGUACUCUCUUGGCUCAUGAAUUCUAUUUCUAAAGAUAUUAGAAAUAGUUUACUCUAUGUUGCAUCUGUUGUAGACCGCUGGAAUGAGUUAAAAACAAGAUACUUGAGAAGUGAUGGACCAAGGAUUUUUCAUCUUGAAAAAUCCCUAAACUGUAUAAACCGGGGUUCAUCCUCAAUUACAGAAUAUUUCAGUGCUUUCAAGAUUCUUUGGGAUGAGUAUGUCAAUUAUAGGCCACUUCCAACUUUAAGAAGUCAAUUGUUACUUGCUGUCCCAUUUCCUAGCAUGGCUAAAGUGUUUUCCUUGCUGCUUCAAGAAGAAAGUCAACAACAAUUGACCAACUUCACAAGUAAUGACACACAUGCUUUGUUGGCAAAGCAUUAUACUCAGUCCAAUCAGAAUACUCAGUCCAAGUUCAUCAAAGACAAGCUGAAGAAAUCCUCACUGCAUUGUACUCACUAUGGCUAUAAUGGUCAUACAAUUGACAAGUGCUUUCAAUUGCAUGGUUAUCCUCCUGGAUGGACUGGACCUAAGGGAAAAAGAAACCUUCCUUCUGCACAUGCAACCAUUUCAACUGAAGAGGUCUAUAUUAAAAACAGUAAUGAGAACCAAAGGUUUAGUCUAACUGCUAAAGAAUUCAAUAAACUCAUAGCACUUGCCAAUUCGAGUUCAACUACUUAG